UGGGCCAAUCCACCCUUUAGGCACAGCUCCUGGAGGCGUUGGGAGGUUCCUGGCUGGAGAUCUUGACAUUGUGCGAUCCUCAGAUUUGAGGACAGAUUUGACAGACCAGAUCUCUCUUGGCCAGCCAGGAAGUCACAUUAUAAAGCGACGCUGCGCCUGUCUCCGUCCAAAGAGCACACGAGGCUGCGCACGCUAGAGCUGCAGCCCCUUGGCACGCAGGGGCCUUCCUGGAGCCAGCAGCCCCCACCGGCAUGGAGCGGCUGGGCAUCGCAUUGCUGCUGGUGACUGCAGUGACCAGCCAGAAUAACCGGAUCAUCGGUGGUGCCCCCUGCACGCCUCACUCCAUGCCUUGGCAGGCCGCCCUCUUUGUGGGCCCCCAGCUCAACUGUGGAGGGACCCUGAUUGCCAGGAACUGGGUGAUCACCGCAGCCCACUGCCACGUCAGUUGCCCCAUCAGUGUGCGCCUGGGAGAGCACAACAUCAAGCAUCUGGACUGGACAGAGCAGCUGAGACUCUCAGACAAAAUGAUCCUCCACCCCGGCUAUAACCCCGCCAGCAAGGACAAUGACAUCAUGCUCAUCAAAUUGCUCACCCCGGCUAACUUCAACAAAAAUGUCCAACCCCUGGAGCUACCUACCAGUUGCCCCUCCUCCGGGGAGAAAUGUGUGAUAUCCGGAUGGGGAACAACAAAAAGCCCUCAAUUGUACUUCCCACCUGUUCUCCACUGUGGCAACGUCUCCAUUUUCUCCAAGGAACUGUGCCGCAGUAUCUAUCCUCACUACUACACCGAGAACAUGCUGUGUGCUGGGGUGCUGGAAGGGGGAAUAGACUCGUGCCAGGGAGAUUCCGGGGGACCCCUACUCUGCAAUGGGAAACUCCAAGGCAUUGUGUCUUGGGGGACCCAGACAUGCGCACUGCCCAACAAACCAGGUGUCUACGUCAGCAUCUGUAAAUACAUCGACUGGAUCCGGGAGACCAUGAACAACAACUGAUCCUUGGUACCUCAGGACACUGCGGUAUCCCUCCCUCUCUGACCUGCGCUGCCGCAUAGGGUCCGUACAGUGCCGUUGCAAGUGCAUUAGCCAGAUUGUCCCUCCUGGCUCUGUGCACAGAUGUUAAAUAAUAAAGGCCCUCUGCUGCUGGGAGCGGUUAGUUCAUGGACACACCACAUGAUUUUAUGCCUUCUUCUUAGUGUAGCACCAUGCCCUGUAAGUAUAAUGCUUCACUGCAGCA